AUAUAUUCAUAUAUUCUUAUAUUUAAAGAUAUUAUUUAUUUAUAAAUAGAAACGCAAAAAAAAUAUCAUCGGAGCAGCGACUUGUAAUGUUGCAAUUUAUGGAGAAACAUCCGGAUCUUGCACAAAAUCGAGUGCAAGGUACAGAUGCAAAAAAGAAAAGUAAUAUGCUGUGGGAGCAACUUACUAGUAGUCUCAACAGUUGCGGAAGUGGGACUACAAAGACUGUUGAUAAAUGGAUUAAAUCAUGGCGAGAUUGGCGCGUUGAUGUAAAAGCAAAGGCAACAAGAUUAAAAAGUUACCAGAAAGGUACAGGAGGAGGAGGCGCAAACGGAAAUCCUCUGCUAGAAAUAGAAGAGCGAUUAAUAUCCUUAAUAGAAAUAGAGGCAGCAAUUGGUCAUGAAAAUAUUAUAGAUCCAGCAGAGGUUAAUAUAUUUAAAUUUAUUAUUUAGUAAUAAAUUAAAUUAAAUUAAAUUAAUUUCUUUAUUACUUUUGCUUCCUCAUAGAAAGUUAUAUUUUUAUAAAAAUUUGCACACUUUUUAUCUUCUCUUUCUAUCCAUUUUAUUUAUUUAUCCUCUUUAUUCAUUUUUUUCUUAUAUACAGCCAGAAGAUUGGACAGAGCAUGUUACCAGUUAUUAAUGCUACAGAAUCCCCCUUAAGAAAUCCUCACUCUAACAAUUCCACCGCGUCUAAACACAAUGCAUACAACACACUUACACAUACAACACACAAUACACAACACGCAUCUUCUACUCAAAUACACACACGCAAAACAUGCAACACACAACGUACACGCAACACACUUUCAUCUUCUCCUCCGUCAACCUGUCUCCCAUUAACAUCUUCAGUUACUCCUCAAAUGCACACACAUAACACACAGCAAACAACACACACACAACGUACACACAACACACUUUUAUCUUCUCCUCCGUCAACUUUUCUGCCAUCAACAUCUUCAGUUACUCCUCCAAUGCACACACAUAACACACAGCAAACAACACACACACAACGUACACACAACACACUUUCAUCUUCUCCUCCGUCAACUUUUCUGCCAUCAACAUCUUCAGUUACUCCUCAAAUACACACACAUAACACACAGCAAACAACACACACACAACGUACACACAACACACUUUCAUCUUCUCCUCCGUCAACUUGUCUGCCAUCAACAUCUUCAUUUACUCCUCGCAUAUUAUUCACAUCUCCACCUGUUCAUCCUACUUCCCCAAAUCUAUCAAAUAUCACUCCACUCCAUUCUAAAUCUCCUUCACCUAAAUUAACACUCAUUCAUAACAAAAAUAAUGAAGCAACCUUGCGUUCUUCUCCUACACUACAUCUUUCUUCUGGUUCCGAAAAAAGAAAUAUAAAACUAAACUAUUAAAAUAACAAAGUCUUACAGAAGUCCGUGGUAAGAAUUUAACAAUGUAUAUUAAUAUAUUGCUCUUUCCCAGGU